UUUCCAUAUUUUCAAUUUUACAGUCCAACGACCGAACGCUCAUAAGCAUCUGCAUGAGGACAUGGACUUAAAUGACACUCCAAUUAAUGCGGUCUCCAAACAAAGAGAAAACGGAAAUAGUCGCCAUGCGACCUAAUUUCCCGACAAAUCGACAUGUGAGCGUUGAAGGUCGGCAAAGAUAAAGAGGACGAUUACUACUUGGCGAUUCUUAGCGAGAAGUUUCUCAGCACUUGUUUUUUUAUCGAUGACCAACCUGGUUUUUGAUGAAACGUUCUAAUAUUUAGAACUGAGGAAAGAGUAACCCUAGUAAAUCGAGUGAUUGAUGUCUCCGCCGAUAGCAGAUGAAGCAAAGUAUCGGUUAAUGAACAUUCAGAGGCUGCCAUUUCAGCGCCUUAGACUCCUGACUGAACGAUGGGAUAAAGAUUUUGCUCGAAUCGAGGCUGGGUAAUUCUAAUGCUAUUACUCAUCUCCCAAAUUGAGCCAUUUUUUUUUAUAUUUGGGUCUCUUGUUUGCAGCUAGAUGCGUCUCCAUUGGAGAUUGGGGAGGGAUAAGGAUGCUGAUACCGCUCGUAGAAAUUUCUCUACAUCAGUAAGUCGGUAUCCAAUUCCUUUCUUUUAUUUGCAGAAUUGAAAGUGGGUGUUAGUCAUAUGCUUUCACCAAAUCCCAAAGUGGGUAAUGUGAAACUCAGAAAGAUUUGCCAAAUUAGAGAUUGGGUAUUCAUAGAAAGAUUUAGGAGCUCGGGAUUUUGUAUGGUUUGUAGAUCGGGCAUUGGUAAAGAUGCUGUAAAUUCAUGGUGUUGAUUGAAAAUUUAUCCUAUUCAAUAAUUUUAUUGAACGUGCUAGAAGAUAGGAUUUUGAUUCAUUCUUCCAGCUUCGGUUGAUUCCGGUCCUAGAGAUCAAAUUUGGCUUGAAGGAAGGGUUGUGAAUGGGUUCACCUCAAGGACCUGCUAUGACAAAGGUAAGUUCUCCCAUGGCAAGCAAUGAGCACACAGCGCAUGGAAGUCUUGCGAACCGUGAUAUAAUGCCUGUUUAUGUUAAGGAGCUUAUUGCAGGAGGCUUUGCUGGUGGAUUUGCAAAGACUGCAGUCGCACCUCUGGAACGCACAAAAAUUCUUUUUCAGACAAGGCAUAGUGAUUUUCACAACCUUGGAGUGUGGAAGUCUCUGGGAAAAAUCUUACAAAAUGAAGGCGUCUUUGGGUUUUACAAAGGAAAUGGAGCUAGUGUUCUUAGAAUCGUUCCUUAUGCGGCAUUACAUUUUAUGACAUAUGAGCAAUAUCGCUGCUGGAUUAUAAAUAAUUGUCCUGCUAUGGGAACAGGUCCUAUUGUGGAUCUUUUAGCUGGAUCAGUUGCCGGAGGCACUGCAGUUCUGUGCACCUAUCCUCUGGAUUUAGUUCGGACCAAGUUGGCUUACCAGGUAACAAGUCCUUGCAUAACAGGACGAGAAAACAACCUCAAAUCCCAUUGUGUUAAGCCAGCAUAUCAGGGUGUUGCUGAUGUGUUUAGAAAAGUUUAUAGGGAAGGUGGAUUCCGUGGCCUCUACAGAGGAGUGGGUCCAACACUGUUUGGAAUCCUUCCUUAUGCAGGAUUAAAAUUUUAUGUAUAUGAAGAGCUUAAGAGUCGUGUGCCUGUGGAACAUCAAACGUCUAUUGCAAUGAAGCUUGCUUGCGGUGCCUUAGCCGGUUUGUUGGGACAAACAUUUACCUAUCCAGUGGAUGUUGUCAGACGUCAAAUGCAGGUACAGAGAAUACCAGUUAGUCAAGGCCAUACAACUUCCCUUCAGUUGGCAGAACCCCAAAUUAAUGGAAUGAUGAAAGGACUGGCUAUCAUUAUUCGAACACAAGGAUGGAGACAGAUGUUUGCAGGUCUGAGCAUCAACUACUUGAAGAUUGUCCCUUCAGUGGCCAUUGGCUUUUCUGCAUAUGAUGCAAUGAAGUCUUGGCUGGGCUGUCCACCUCGGGAAAAGACACGAGUUAAGACCUCAUUAUGAAAAAGACAGGUUCUGUUGGUACCUUCUUCUUGUGAUAACAAACCGUGAUAGUGAGUGAAGGGCUUAGUUAAAGGUCCAAAAUAUCUGGGAACAUGUUUCUGGACCUUAUUGCAGGAAUAGAUCAUUUACGAAAUAAGUGAAUGAAUACCAUUGAAGCUUUGUAAGAGAGUAACUGUGAAGUGGUUACCCUUUGCAGUUUGAUAAGAUGAUAACUGCUCACCUUUAUUGCA